UCGGGCUCCGACACGAUGCGCUCCGCCUCGCUCGACGACCCCGACCUCUCGGGGCUGCAGGAGAGCACCGUCGACUCGGACGAGGAAGAGGACGGGCUCGGACAGUCCAUGGAGAGCCUGACGGCGCGGGACACGGUGCGGGAAUGCCUGGAGAAGGACCCGGCCCUGAGGACGGAGGACGACGUGUCCGUCAUUCUGGAGUACAUGCAGCACCUGCCGGCUUUCGCCAACAUGACCCUGACGGUGCGCAAGGCCCUGUGCGCAGUGAUGGUGUUUGCGGUGGUGGAGAAGGCGGGCGUGGUCGUCAUGAACCACGGGGAGGAGCUGGACUCCUGGUCGGUCAUCAUCAACGGGGCGGUGGAGGUCGAGCUCCCGGACCGGGAGCCGCGGGAGCUGACGAUCGGGGACAGCUUCGGCAUCACCCCGACCAUGGAGAAGAUGUACCAGGUGGGCGUGAUGCGCACCAAGACGGAGGACUGCCAGUUCGUGUGCGUGGCCCAGGGGGACUACUACCGCAUCCUGCACCUGGGGGAGGAGAACAUCCGGAGGCACCAGGACGCGGGAGGACGCCUCUCGCACGUCACCGAGCUCAGGACGGUGGACGGGGCCGGCAACAAGGCGCACGUCAUCAUCCGGGGCACCCCCGAGAGGCUCCUGAGCCAGCUGGUGGAGGACAACUCCAUGGACGUGACCUAUGUGGAGGACUUCCUCCUGGCCUACAGGACAUUCCUCCAGGACUCACAGACUGUGGCGGACAGGCUGCUGUCCUGGUUCGACCAACCCAAGUUCAGGGACAAGGUGACCAGGGUGGUGCUGCUGUGGGUGCACAACCACUUCACGGACUUCGAGACGGACGUGCGGAUGAUGGAGUUCCUCGAACAGUUCGAGCUCAAGCUGGAGAGGGAGAAGAUGCUGGGCCAGCAGCGCCUGUUGAACAUUGCCUGCGCCACCAAGGCCCGGGUUCGGGUGAUCACUUUCUCCCGCUCCACCCGGGAGGAGGUUCUGCACUUCUCCAUCCUGGGCGGCUACGAGACCGGGUUCGCGACCUUCGUCUCCAAGGUCGACCGGGGCUCCAAGGCCGAGGAGGUGGGGCUCAAGAGGGGAGACCAGAUUUUGGAGGUGAACGGCCAGAGUUUUGAAGUUAUGAGUCAUGUACGGGCACUGGAGUUACUGCGAAGCACCACACAUCUUUGCAUCACCGUCAAGUCCAAUUUGCUCGCAUUCAAGGAGAUGCUGAGUGCUCCCGAGAACUCCACCCGAAGAUGUCGCAAGGCUUCAGAAAUCUCCCUGCUGCAGCACGACCCCCGGGCCAGGUCCGGCUCCACCCCCGCCCCCAAGGGGGAGGGGGGCAAGAAGGGGGGAUACUCCACCCUGGGACACAGGGCCAAGCUCAGGAAGGUGCUGGCCAAGAUGAACAUCAUACCCCGCACACUCAACAGUGAGUCCCAGCUGAACGGGUCCGACGACAGCCUGUACUCGGUGAACAGCAGCAGCAGUGGGGGCUCUGUGGGGCAAGAGCUGCUGCGUGAGGGGCAGGUGCACCUGCUGCAGCUGAACAGUGUGGAGCUGGCCACCCAGCUGACGAUCGAGGACUUCAGCAUCUUCCGACAGAUCGAGCCCACCGAGUACGUGGACGAGCUCUUCGAGGUCCGAUCGCGGUACGGGACGCCCAUGCUCUCCAAGUUCGUCGAGUUGGUGAACCGAGAGAUGUUCUGGGUGGUGACGGAAGUGUGCUUCGAGCAUAACCUCAUAAGAAGGAUGCGCAUCAUAAAGCAGUUCAUCAAAGUGGCAAGACAGUGCAAGGAGUGCAAGAACUUCAACUCCAUGUUUGCCAUCAUCAGUGGCCUGGGCCAUGGGGCCGUUUCCAGGCUCAGGUCCACCUGGGAGAAGCUGCCCACCAAGUACUCCAAGCUCUUCGAGGACCUACAAGACUUCAUGGAUCCUUCGCGGAACAUGUACAAGUACAGGAAUCUCUUGUCUUCGGACCACAUACAGCCCCCCAUGAUUCCUUUCUAUCCUGUCCUGAAGAAAGACCUGACGUUCAUUCAUCUGGGCAACGAUUCGGUCAUCGACGACCUGGUGAAUUUCGAGAAGCUUCGGAUGGUGGCCAAGGAAAUCCGGACUGUCAUCGGCAUGUGUUCUGCACCCUACGACCUGUUUGGCAUGCUGGAGAGUGGUGGUGCCCACCCCACCGCGGCCAUGGCCUCGCUCAACAGCUUCGCCACCACCACCAACGCGGCCACCGCAAAGAGGAGGAAGAAGAGCUCCGCACAGCCAAACCCCAAGAAGAUGUUCGAGGAGGCCCAGAUGGUUCGUCGUGUGAAGGCCUAUCUCUCCAACCUGAAGGUGGUGACUGACGAAGACCAACUGCACUCCAUGUCUGUGGACUGUGAGCCCCUCAUCACCUCAAUUCCUGUCUCUUCCCCCACAGUGUCGAGCACUCUCCAGGUGCGCAGGCGGCAGCCUUCCCCCACUCUCUCCGCAGCCAGCAGCAACAGCAGUUCCUCGGACAUCAAGAAAAACCCCAAGUUUGGUGCGGACUCCCCCCAGGCCGUGCGCAAGCUGCUGGCCCUCUCUGACCCCAACAAGGUGCGGCCCCACCAGGCCCCCUCCCGGCCCCCCGCUCCCCCAGACUCCCCCUCCGCGGGGGGCAGGAGGGGGGGCCGGCACCCCGAGGGGCCCGUGGACCUGUACGCCGAGAGCUCCAGCGUGGGGGCCGCCUCCAUACGCAAGUCACAGACCUCGGGCUCCGUGACUUCCUCGGAAGACAGUCGCAGCAACAGCUCCGCAGGAUCCACAGGAUCUCCUCCCCAUCUCAAGCGCAAUGCAUCCGGUCCCAGCGCCCCCUAUGGACGGAGAAAGUUCCCCGACUAAGUGUCUCCGAAACCCCCUCAGUGCUAGAUAGGUGGAUAUCUCUCACAGUAGUGGAAUCCUGCUCAAUGGCGGGAACCUCGUGCACCCCCCCACCUGUGUGAUAAAGUGGUGAUCCCCCAUGUGAUGUUGCGUAGAAGAAAUCAAAAACUCUGGACUCUGAUCCGCGAGAUGAUCCGGAUCGUCUGUCUCAUCCUCCUCGGUUAUAUUCCAAUCGCGGU